UAAAUACAAAAUACAAAAAUUCAGCAGAAGUUUUGGCAAUUAAACAUUUCAUUUGACAAAAGGAUCACAACUUGAAAUUGUGCCUCCUUCUUUCUGGCACGUAUCUCGGCCCAAUGAUAUCAGACGCUGAUUCAAAGGCCACCAACGCACAGCCAAUGAAGUGACCGUCAUGCAAACGUAUCACUUUGGGUGGUGGACUUUAAAAGAACUCAGAGAACCGCAUGAAUAAAGGUGUUCAGUUUGCUGCUCUCCAUGUGCGUCAGGAGUAUUUUGAGAGCAUUUUUCACCCAGAAAAAUGGUAAAACGAACAAAAACAAAUAACUUCGCUACGGAAGAGGCAUUGGAGAAGGACAGGAGGAGGGACAGCGAUUCUUCGGACGAAGAUCAAUCCGAAGAAGAAAGCGACCUGUCCGAAUGUGAUUCAGUGGAAGAAUAUGCUGAAAUCCACGGUGGAGAUGCGUUUCCUGAUGAACCAAGUGAUGGUUCUGAUGCUGAUUGGGAGCCUGUUCAAAAAUCUGCUCGGACCCAGGAUACCAGCAACGACUCGGAAACGGCAUUGGACCUGUCUGUCCCCAAAAGAGGGGCGGCGGGAAGCAGACUGGAAAGAAGUGAGGCGCCACCUUCAGGUGAGGGCAGGUGGUCCGACACCACUGAGCCUGACAUCGUCCCACAGCAGCCCGUUUUCCGUCCGUCACGCACACCUGGAUCCCAGCUAAUUAGUACAUUUGAAUACAGCUGUGUUGAGCUUUUCCAACUGUUUUUCCCAGACUCAACCAUUCUAACAAUUUUGGCCAACACUAAUCAGUACGGACGAUCAAACGUCUCGAGUGAUAAAACGCCCUGGACUGACAUUACCAAGCAGGACUUUUUUUCAUUUUUGUCCGUGGUUUUGUACAUGAGUUAUGUCAGGUGUUCAUCAUUGACAGACUACUGGCGGCGUGGUAAUCAGUACAGUCUGCAUUUUCCCUCUAAUGUGAUAUCUGCCCAGAAGUGGCUCAAGAUUCUUCAAGUUCUACAUUUUAGCAGUGCAAAAGACGAUGCUGCUAAUGUAUCUAAAAAGGGAACCCGUAAGUACGACCGCCUUGGAAAGCUGAAGCCUCUGUACACAAAGAUCAGAGAAGCUUGUCGCCAGCAUUUUCAUCCGGGCCAAGAAAUUGCCAUAGAUGAAAGAACGGUUGCCUCCAAAGCCAGGCAACAUAUGAAGGCAAAACCUGUGAAGAGGGGUUUCAAACUUUAUGUUUUAGCCGAUUCCAGUAAUGGCUACAUCUGGGAUUACUUCAUUUAUGAAGGAAAGGCUGACCCCAACGGAGGCAAAGGCUUAACUCAUGACGCAGUACAAAAGCUUCUGAAUACAAAAGUCUUGGGGACCGGAUACAAGCUAUAUGUGGAUAACUUUUACACGAGCCCAGCCCUCUUUACUGACCUCCUGGAGAAGAGAAUCUGGGCAUGUGGGGCAAUCAAAGCAAACAGAAACGGUUUUCCGAAAACGACUGGAAAUGCACUGGACAAGAAUUCAGAGCACGGCAGCAUCCGCUGGAUCCGGAAGGACUCUGUCCUUUUUGUCCAGUGGAGAGACACCAGGGACGUCUGUCUGUGUUCUACUUUGCACACGGCACAUGCAGGGGACACGGUGGGCAGGAACGUCAGAGACGGAAGAUGGACAAGGAAAGAGAUCCCGGUUCCCCCAGCUGUAAAGGACUACAGUCGAUGCAUGGGAGGAGUGCAUAUAUCAGAUGCGCCGACUGGGUACCACCAAGUGCUCCAGAAAACAAGAAAGUGGUACAAAACCUUAUUUUUUCACCUGGUGGACAUUGCCGUGGUGAAUGCUUUCCUUCUCCACAAAGAGCAAUGCAAGUUGGUUGGAGUUGGACCUCUCGCACAGAAGGCUUACCGGGAAACCCUGGCAGACCAGCUCAUGGACUUGGGCCCAAAACGCUCUGCAUCAGCGGCGCUGCCAGCACCGCGACUCCAGCACAGGCUCACCUACAUCACCCAGGACAGGACAGCCGGGAGACGGAGAUGCCGUAUGUGCCAGUUCAGAACGGCUGUGAAGUGUGACAAACCUCUGUGCUUCGUGCCAACAAGGGACUGCUACAAUCGGUGGCACACUCGGAUUAUGUAAUCUGACAGAGAUUAUAUGUGACCCAGACCCUCAACCCUCAACCAGAGACAGGUUUUAAAUUGUGUUGAUUUUUUUAGUUUUUUUUACAUUCUGGUUAAGAAAAAAUCAGAACUGCGGAGGAAGAAGAUUCCUUAUUGGUUUUUAUCCUUUUUCUUAAGAACAAUUCAACUUUAAAACAAAACGGGAAAGAGAGAAGAUGUCUGGUGAGGGGAGGAUUAUUUUUUUUUCAUUUUCUACCUCAAAAAAGAUUUAUUGUCCUGUUAAGGGAAACUUUGUUUUGUCACGGUUCGUGUCUCUAAACAAAAAUGCUGAUUGUGAUAAAGUAUUCUGUUAAGUAAAAUGUUUGGCAAAAUGUUAUAAGUAUUUGGAUUUAUGAAGCUUAAAUGUGAAAAAGUCUAGAUAAAAGUGAAACUGGUCCUGCGUUUACUCGGUAUCGGGUCGAUCCCAGAAUCCCCGGUACCGCCCACCUCUAGUUAGCAGCUGCUAAAAUGGCGCCGUGUGUCGAGCGCCAACCGACAACAAUUACGUAGUUAUAUGGUGCAUUCAAUUACAACCAGGAAUUCUAAAAUCUGAACAAACAUCCCUUCAGGUUGCUGUUUUUUUAAGUUUGCUGCGAAUCCAAGUUGUUGUAAGUUUCCCGUUUCUGACUUAGUUUGAACUCAACCGGAAAUGAUUGCGUUGGAAUCCACAGCGAAAAU